UCGCAAUGGCCGUAACAGGAUUUUUUUAUUUCAUUGAAAACAAACUCAUUUUGCCCAAAUUUGUAUUGUGGGUUUCCAUGACCUUCAGUGUCCAGAAAAAAAAUAUUGACAAUACAUACUCGAUGUGAAUUUUACCUAAUUUGUGGCUUCGCUACAGAAUGUUUGUUACCCAAAACGCAGCUGACUGGUGGUCGUAUUUCAGUACAACAGCGUAAUACACGACAAUAUAAAACUUUUUUGGGAGAAAUAUUUUUUCAUAUUCCCAUUCGUGACCGAUAAGUAUAGGUCAAUAGUUCACUGUUCCUGCGACAUCACGUCGCGUAUGCGCCUUUUUUGGGUAAUGACGUAACGUGCUGACGUCAUAUACAAGAGGCAAUUGACAUUAGAAUCGCGCGAGAUCUGUCUGCGUGCGGUGCUCGAUUGAAGGUAGCUCGUUGCGGGCUGUCGAGUAUAUGAAGUCCAAGUCAUUCCCCUUAUUGUCUGCAAGCUUAGCAAACACUGGAAUGGGCGGUGAAAGGAAAGUCUCCAUGCUAUCAAAACACAUUAUCUAUAAAGCAGCGCGUCGCGUAAGGAACGGAUUAUUUGCGCUUCAGCACACCGGGUAAUCUUAGACUGACUGGCCGGAAUUCGAGGCGUCGUUUCCCGGGUAAAUUCAAGACAUAGUUGAACUCCAGUAAAGAGAAGAUCAUUCUAAUAUUGCGAAAACUGACAGAGUAGACGUUGGCUAUUUUUGGUUUAGUCGUCACCACUAAUUAUCGCGAUAAUUGAGACGUGGAGCAGUUUUCCCGUGUCUCGCCGCGUGAAAACUUCCAGGUUGUGACCCCUGACGUCGGAGAAUUGCGUUUCAUCGCAAUUUGAGCGACGAAAACCGCGCAGAGAGCGUGACGAGUGACGGGAAAUAUAUCGAGCAAAAACCAACUCCCGUGGCCCGGACCGAUCGGCAGCGAUAUAUCGUUUCACGAGUUAGCAUCAGCCGGUGACUGACAGCAAGUGUUGUUGGGGAAGGAAAAAAUUCAAGCACCAUUUAGUGCUUGGUUCUCCCGCUGUGUUCAGACUUCAGAGUUUCUCAUACGCUAGGACGAUCCCGACAGACACAGGUGCACAGAACUGCCGGCCAUAGGAAAACGCAACACAUCAGUAACGGAGCAGAAGAAUUAAAAAUUUAUAAUGUCUGGGAUGUAAAGGAACCAAGGCAAGGCGAAAACUAAAAACCAAUCGCAGAUUGAAGAUACUGCGUUUCUUGACGACGAUACAGUCAAGCAAAAUGAGGAUUAUGAUUUUGCAAAUAUUUUUAAUGUUUCUUGCAGUGGAGGCAGCGAAACGAAAACGGCCAAGUUACAAUGCUUGCAGGUGGCGACACGGUGGAUGCGCCCAGCGUUGUGUUUCUUCUGGUCGAACAAGAAGCUGUGCUUGUGCACCCGGAUUUAACAUAACUUCAAAUCGAAGAAGUUGCGAAGAUGUGGAUGAAUGCGCAUCAAACAACGGAGGUUGUCAACACACAUGUGUCAACAAGCCAGGCACGUACUGGUGCACUUGCAGAAGAGGUUACACGCUCGCACCGAACGUGAGGAAAUGCAUUCCUCAAGUGAGGAACGACGCUUGUUCUCGAUACGGAAGACGGUGCGAACAUUUUUGUGUCAUCAGAUCUUCUCAACCGAAGUGUGCGUGUCGUCCUGGUUACCGUCGCCAUAGAAACGGCAGGAGUUGCAUACGUUUGUGUUCGAACGGAAACGGGGGGUGCGAUCAUAUUUGCCGUACAAGAACGCAAAGCAUGAUGUGCGCGUGUCGUCCGAAUUAUGUCCUUGCAGAAGACCGCAGAUCGUGCACGGGCCGAAUUCGACAUUAUAAAGGUUUUAGUAAAAGAAGAAAGAGAACAGCAGUGGCACAGUCGGCCUCAUGCGCGGUUGACAACGGAGGUUGUAGCGAGGAAUGUGAUUCAACACCCAUUGGUGUCCAAUGCUCUUGUCCUGCAGGGCAUGUUCUGGAAACAGAUAGAAAAUCGUGCAGAGACAUAAACGAAUGCUUGGCGGACAACGGAGGCUGCCAACACGGAUGUCGAAAUAACGAUGGGAGUUUUAAAUGUACUUGCCCAACCGGGUUUAAACUUGCAGCUGACGAAAGAACGUGUGAUGAUAUCGACGAAUGUUACCUAAAUGACACAUGUUGGCACGGAUGUACCAACUCUAUAGGAAGUUAUGAAUGUACUUGUGCUACUGGUUACAUGAAGUACGCCAUUGCUAGGUGUGGUGACAUUGACGAAUGCACAGUAAGUAAUGGCGGUUGCAGUCAUUUGUGUUGGAACAAACCGGGAAGCUUCGUAUGUUCGUGUAGGCCUGGUUAUAAACUACAUACAAAUGGAAAGGACUGCAUCAGAGAAGCAAGUUGUUUGAACGCACACUCUGACCCACCCCAGCAGAUCGCCAGCAUGAAGUGCGUUGGCAAGAACUGUCUGUUCCACUGCAAUGAUGAAAGUAACUUUCGAGUUUUUCAUCGAGUACGAGCCAGUUAUACGUACAGGUGUGGAAAGACACUUCCGCAAAAUCCCAGGGCACGCCGGGGCAAGAGAAUUCCACCAACUGCUGUCACUACAGCAGGAUAUCCGUGGCACAACAGAGAUCUUCAUAUAAACGAAACUUUACCGUUGUGCCCAGUCGUGAACAUGAUCAAGAAAUACUAUCGAAUACGAAUCCCAACAGAUUUCUGUCAUCUUCAACAUUUACCCAGGUCAUCUGUGGCAAGAAUAUCAAGAGUGGACGGCUUCAAAGUUGGUGCCGUGUUUAUGACUUGUAUGCCACAAAAGAACAGACGAAGAGUCAGAAUGAAAAUUAUCAUGGAGAUUGAAUUUCUGCUUCCAAGAGCCAGGUUUUGUAAUUCCCGUUGCAACCAAACGAGAAUAAACAGAGCGUUCAGUCGCAUGUACGGUUGGAUCAAGAGAUCAAUGAAGAAGCAAUCCUUUCAUCUCUCUGUGCAACGUUCAGUCCUAAAGCUCCGGAAGAAGAGCAUGAGCAGAGGAAGACCUGUUCCUGGCAUCCGGUCAAACUCGGGAUGCAUAGUAGGAUUGGUAGGGAGCCAUUCAGCCGGAACUUGCAGAUUGUGCGAUGCUGGGACUUACUAUGAUGUAUCUAACUCAUCCUGUACUGCAUGCCCCAUGCAUACUUACCAAGAAAAUCAAGGGCAGUUGGUAUGCAUGAACUGCCCAACUUCAACAAGUGAUGCCACUGCUAUGACAUCAGCUACUUCUUUCUCUCAAUGUCCAGGUUUAUGCCCCGCCGGUCACUUUUCUGUGGAUGGUAUGCAACCAUGCCAAGCUUGUCCAAGAGGAACUUAUCAAAGUGAUGUUGGGAGAAUUGGUUGUUAUACUUGCGGGGAAGGAAUCACAACAAGACAAACCGGUUCACGCUCUUUUACUGAUUGCUUGGUUCGUGGUUCAUGUACAGCAGGUCAUUAUUACGAUAGUAGAACAGGCACUUGCAGCAGAUGCCCGUUAGGAUUCUACCAGCCAGGAACUGGACAAGAUUUCUGCAUCACCUGUCCUGGUAAUACAACAACUGAUUACGACGCUUCUACUGAUGUCGAUUCUUGCAAAGAAACCCGAUGUGGUGGGGUAAUAGAGAACCUACACGGCGUCAUAGAGUCCCCUAAUUACCCCGGGAAUUACCCCAUCAACUCACACUGUAGGUGGAUUCUCAAGACCCCUAAAAAACGCAAGUUACUGGUUGUCGUUCCCGAAAUAUUUCUACCGUUCGAAGAUAACUGUGGUGAUUACCUUAUUAUGAAAAGCAAAGAAACUUCUUCAAGAGUUGUUUUUCAAUCUUGCCAAACAUCGGAAAACCCAACAGUUCUGAUGAUCAAAUCUAAACGUUUAUGGAUUGAAUUCCGAUCAAAUGGAAGUAAUGGAGCAAAAGGAUUCCAGAUACCUUACGUCACAUAUAACCAGGACUAUGACAAAAUAAUUGCGGAAAUCGUGAAAGAUGGUCUUUUAUAUUCUGCAGAUCAUCAUCGAAACAUUUUAAAAGAUAAACUGACGCGUCAAGCUUUGUUGGAAGUUUUAGCCGAUCCAGGAAAAUAUUAUCCACCAAAUCAGAAAACGAAAUAUUUUACAAAGUCAUUUUUGGAUUACCUCAAAAACAAAGUUAUGAAUGUGUUAGGGGUUUAAGAAAAGUGUCAUAAAAUAUUGUGCCAUUAUUUUUUCUUAGAUUCAGUGUGCCUAUUACUUUCAGAGGCAGAUUUAUUCUGUGAAAAAUUUUUUAUUGAAAAGACCAAAUAUGAAAUUACCGUUAACUUCAUUUUUUUGUUUAAAAAGAUAUUUUGUAAAUGCUGUCUUAUGCCAACUGUACCGCAUGACCUGUAUAGCUUUGGACAAACUUUAAUCGUUUUCUUUUCCUGUUUCUUGCCUUAUGCUUGUUCCGUUCUUUUGCUUCUAAGCGCGCUUGGAAAUUCAAUUUAUUUAACUUUUUAUUACUUUGUUGUAGCUUUCUUUUUCUCCUUUCCAAGAAAAAAAAAUAAACAAACCGACUUUUAAACA